AGUCAUACGGAAAACAUUAUUUUCUGUUUCAUCAACAAGAUCGAAGAAGCAGGAAAUCGCGAUCAAAAGUGUAAGGAUUAUUACUUUUCCCUAAGUUAAGGCUACGAUCAAGCCGACACAAAUGGCAGAUGAAAGUGUUGCCAUGGAAACCAGCAGGGUGGCGGAACAAGAUUGGCCUGGGAGGUGGGCCCAUCUCCGAAAGCUAUUGGAGAGAACCGGCCCUUUUGCCCAUCCAGACUUUGAACCUAGUCCAGAGAUUCUUGACUUUAUGCUGAAUAAUUGUAAAAUCUUAGUGGUUGGUGCAGGAGGCUUGGGAUGUGAAAUCCUCAAGGGUUUGGCUCUGAUGGGUUUCCGUCAAAUCGAUGUGAUUGAUAUGGACACAAUAGAUUUAUCAAACCUCAAUAGGCAGUUUCUAUUCAGAUUGAAGGAUGUCGGUAAACCUAAAGCUAACGUUGCAGCAGACUUCAUCAACAACAGAAUACCUGGUUGCAAUGUCACUCCACAUUUCAAAAAGAUUCAGGAUUAUGAUUUUACAUUUUAUAGACAGUUUCACAUCGUAGUUAAUGGUUUGGACUCGAUCAUCGCAAGACGCUGGAUAAACAGUAUGAUGUUGAGUUUAUUGAAUUAUGAAGAUGGUGCUGUGGACCCAACAUCCAUCGUACCAAUGAUUGAUGGAGGAACAGAAGGGUUUAAAGGAAACGCCCGUGUUAUCUUACCAGGAAUGACGGCUUGUAUUGAGUGUACGCUGGAGCUCUAUCCACCACAGAUCAAUUUUCCGAUGUGCACCAUAGCUCAUACACCCAGACUUCCCGAGCAUUGUAUUGAGUAUGUUAAAGUCCUACGCUGGCCUCAGGAAUAUCCAUUUGGGAGUGAUGUAGCCAUAGAUGGUGAUGAUCCAACACAUAUUCAGUGGAUAUUUGAAAAAGCACAAGAAAGAGCUGAUCAAUAUAACAUCAUGGGGGUGACUUAUAGACUGACACAAGGUGUAGUAAAGCAUAUCAUACCAGCAGUAGCAUCAACUAAUGCAACACUAUCAGCACAGUGUGUGACGGAAGCUUUCAAGAUUGCAUCAAGCUGCUGUAGCCCACUCAACAAUUAUAUGGUAUUCAAUGACACUGCAGGCUUGUAUACAUAUACCUUUGAAGCUGAGAAGAAGGAGGAUUGUAUUGCAUGCAGUCAAGUGCCUCAAGUAUUGACGUUUCCUGAAGAUGCAACUCUUCAGAAUCUCUUAGAUCACCUCGUAGAGAGUGCUAGCUUACAGAUGAAAUCACCAGGAAUCACUACAACAGUAAACGGCAAGAAUAAGACGCUUUAUAUGCAGAACCCUGAAGCCAUUCGAAUCAGGACAAAGGAAAACCUUCCCAAGAAACUCAAAGAGCUUGGACUUGAAGAGAAGCAGGAAUUAAUUGUUGCUGACAUCACAGCUCCUGCAGCCCUUAUCUUUUCUCUGUCUUACAAGUGAGGAACCAAAACACCCAGCUUUUUCUAUGCAUCAUAUUUAUUCAUAAUGCAACAAUAAUGGGAGUGAUUUCUUUUACAACACACUAGAAUUAACGUAAGAAUAACAGAGGGUGUUGUAUGCGACAGACUUGAGACUGUAUGUCACUCUUCACUAAGAGCUGGGGUGGAUUUCACUAAGAGUCUAGUCUUAUCUCAAGUUUUACUAAUCCUUACUAAGGAAAAGCCUGAAGUUUUUAAUAACUCCUAAAGAGUCCUAGGACUAGUCCUAAGUGAGGACUUCUUUGUGAAAUCAACCCGUGGAUAGUUGUGUUAUGGAUGAUUCUGAAAUGAUUUUAUAUCAUUGGUUAUGAUGCUCUCAGCGAUUAACACCCAAACAUGCUCAACAUUGUGGUUUGUAGCAUAAAGCUAUGUUGAAUGGAACACUUACUUGUGUAUUUAAGUCUUAUGGGCCAAUUACAUUCAUGUUUUUGUGCACAAUCUUAAGUAAAAUGUAUAAAAGUUGGACAUUUUAUUCUGUUGUAGUUAUUUCCUAUGUAGAAUCUAUUUAUGGAGAAAUUGGAAGCACUGUGUGCAUAUCUGUGCUAUCAUUUCCUAUGUAGAAUCUAUUUAUGGAGAAAUUGGAAGCACUGUGUGCAUAUCUGUGCUAUCAUUUCCUAUGUAGAAUCUAUUUAUGGAGAAAUUGGAAGCACUGUGUGCAUAUCUGUGCUAUCAUUUCCUAUGUAGAAUCUAUUUAUGGAGAAAUUGGAAGCACUGUGUGCAUAUCUGUGCUAUCAUUUCCUAUGUAGAAUCUAUUUAUGGAGAAAUUGGAAGCACUGUGUGCAUAUCUGUGCUAUCAUUUCCUAUGUAGAAUCUAUUUAUGGAGAAAUUGGAAGCACUGUGUGCAUAUCUGUGCUAUCAUUUCCUAUGUAGAAUCUAUUUAUGGAGAAAUUGGAAGCACUGUGUGCAUAUCUGUGCUAUCAUUUCCUAUGUAGAAUCUAUUUAUGGAGAAAUUGGAAGCACUGUGUGCAUAUCUGUGCUAUCAUUUCCUAUGUAGAAUCUAUUUAUGGAGAAAUUGGAAGCACUGUGUGCAUAUCUGUGCUAUCAUUUCCUAUGUAGAAUCUAUUUAUGGAGAAAUUGGAAGCACUGUGUGCAUAUCUGUGCUAUCAUUUCCUAUGUAGAAUCUAUUUAUGGAGAAAUUGGAAGCACUGUGUGCAUAUCUGUGCUAUCAUUUCCUAUGUAGAAUCUAUUUAUGGAGAAAUUGGAAGCACUGUGUGCAUAUCUGUGCUAUCAUUUCCUAUGUAGAAUCUAUUUAUGGAGAAAUUGGAAGCACUGUGUGCAUAUCUGUGCUAUCAUUUCCUAUGUAGAAUCUAUUUAUGGAGAAAUUGGAAGCACUGUGUGCAUAUCUGUGCUAUCAUUUCCUAUGUAGAAUCUAUUUAUGGAGAAAUUGGAAGCACUGUGUGCAUAUCUGUGCUAUCAUUUCCUAUGUAGAAUCUAUUUAUGGAGAAAUUGGAAGCACUGUGUGCAUAUCUGUGCCAUCAUUUCCUAUGUAGAAUCUAUUUAUGGAGAAAUUGGAAGCACUGUGUGCAUAUCUGUGCUAUCAUUUCCUAUGUAGAAUCUAUUUAUGGAGAAAUUGGAAGCACUGUGUGCAUAUCUGUGCUAUCAUUUCCUAUGUAGAAUCUAUUUAUGGAGAAAUUGGAAGCACUGUGUGCAUAUCUGUGCUAUCAUUUCCUAUGUAGAAUCUAUUUAUGGAGAAAUUGGAAGCACUGUGUGCAUAUCUGUGCUAUCAUUUCCUAUGUAGAAUCUAUUUAUGGAGAAAUUGGAAGCACUGUGUGCAUAUCUGUGCUAUCAUUUCCUAUGUAGAAUCUAUUUAUGGAGAAAUUGGAAGCACUGUGUGCAUAUCUGUGCUAUCAUUUCCUAUGUAGAAUCUAUUUAUGGAGAAAUUGGAAGCACUGUGUGCAUAUCUGUGCUAUCAUUUCCUAUGUAGAAUCUAUUUAUGGAGAAAUUGGAAGCACUGUGUGCAUAUCUGUGCUAUCAUUUCCUAUGUAGAAUCUAUUUAUGGAGAAAUUGGAAGCACUGUGUGCAUAUCUGUGCUAUCAUUUCCUAUGUAGAAUCUAUUUAUGGAGAAAUUGGAAGCACUGUGUGCAUAUCUGUGCUAUCAUUUCCUAUGUAGAAUCUAUUUAUGGAGAAAUUGGAAGCACUGUGUGCAUAUCUGUGCUAUCAUUUCCUAUGUAGAAUCUAUUUAUGGAGAAAUUGGAAGCACUGUGUGCAUAUCUGUGCUAUCAUUUCCUAUGUAGAAUCUAUUUAUGGAGAAAUUGGAAGCACUGUGUGCAUAGUGCAAAGUGCUUACAGUAUGAUAUAAUGUCAGCCCAUGGUCUGACUAGUAGGGAGUCGCAUUGUAAAUUAAGAUGUGGUAAGCUUGUAAAGACGCAAAUGUCGCCUAAAGUGACAGUAACCUAGGAAUUUGACACCCAACACACAACCCAAAAAUUUGUAAUGUUAUCUGGUUCAACACGCACAUAUCAUUUGAAGCACACACAAAAUACAAUGUAUGCAUUUGAUAUAUUAUGGUCACUUGCAAAUGUCAAAUUGUUCCUCAACCAUGCACAUACUUGUCUGCAUCCAGGUUGACUUGGAAUGUUACUGCAUAAAUAAACAAACAGUAAUGCUCUAGCCAAUAUACUUGCUACAUUUUCAUGUGCAAAAUCAAUGGAUGAACAUAGAGUGUCAAUGAAUUACAGUCAACAUAACUACAUCAAGGAUGCACAGCCUAAAUCUGACACCCCUCCCCCUGACUCAAUGGGUUUGUUAAAUCACAUAUUGGUUUCCACUCUUGGAAGUUACCAUCAAGCCAUGUUGAUAUAGUGUGAUUGAUAACCGAGGCAUGAUGCAUCUUCCCAUGGGUGUAGUUUGUUACACUCUUGAAGGUCUGUAUAAAUAACAUUCACACUGCAGUAAUUGGUUUGAUUACUUGCAGUAUGCCAAUUACAACCAGGGUAGAAAUAUCACGCACUAACCUCACAGACAUUUUCUUUUACUCGUCAUCAAUUUGUAUUGUACUAUUUAUUGGGGUGCAGUUUAGCAUGUAAAUUCUACCUCCACGGUCCUACACUAGUCUUACACACUUCGUUAUUUUUGUACAUUACGCAUAAAAGAACAUGUUACCACGGCAAGGUUCUUCAAUGGACCCCUAUUUAAACCUGCACAGCUUUUCUGUGCAGUCAUAAUAAUAAUUAUAGGGGCAGUUAAAGACACUCCUAGCACAGGAGUGAUGCAGUAUCAAGUGGGCCUACAAUGAGUUACAUAGACAGUGAUACGCCUAUGUUAUGCAGUAUCAAGUGGGCCUACAAUGAGUUUACAUAGACAGUGAUACGCCUAUGUUAUGCAGUAUCAAGUGGGCCUACAAUGAGUUACAUAGACAGUGAUACGCCUAUGUUUCGAUACCCCGACACCCCUAAUGUAUUUUCCUAUCUCCAACGCUAGAGUUGAGAGCAUUUGGGGGGGGGGGGGAUUGAAAAAGAGUAUUCUCUGUCAUGACCAUAACCCAGACAAGGCCAAUUUGGCUACUUUAUUGAUGGAACAAAUGUUCUGAAAAAAUAGAAAACAAUGAUUUUUUGUUUGUUACAUUUGAACAUAGAAUGUUUUUUUUGCAGCUAUUAUUUGCCAUGUUUUCACAAGCUGCUGGCAGCCCUUGUUUCUAAAGAAAGAAAAGUCUAAUUUAUAAACAGAGGGUAUGUGUGCGUUUAACGCCUAAUGCUACUGAAAAACACCAGUCGAUGAUUCAUCAAUAAAUACAAAUGUAAAUUGAAACAGAGUGUCUUUUCAGUUUCUAAUUUAAUCUGAAUGUUUGCCCUAGUACAAUACGUUGAGAUUCUGGUUUCUGGUUUUUCAGGAAACUUGUAAUAAAAAAUCCCAGUAUAGAUGACCAAUCAGUGACUUGAAAGAACAUUCGCCAGUAGAGCUGACCAGAGUGUCUUAUGACGUCCAAGAAAACAUAAUGUUGAUAAACAUAACGUUAGUUCCAAACAGAAAUGAAUAAAACCAAAUAUCGAUUGCUCCCACAA